UAAAGGUUUUGUAGCUUUUAAAGGAAAUAAAAGUCUAGCUAAAACAAUAUUACAAAACUGUUUUCAUUAUAUUGUUUGUUUUAAUAAAGUUAUUCAUUCAAUGCUUCUCGCAUGAGAGAUCCAAACAUUGCUGUUUCCAUCGCUAAGACCGGCGAAUCAGCUGACUUCUUAGGAGAAACUAAUUUUAAUCACACUUUGUUGACAAACUCCACCACUUCAAUGAUUGACUCCGAAGCCUUGGAGAACGAGCGAACCAAGCUGAAACGCGAGAUCGCUGAGCUACGAGCGGCACUGAACAGGAAGGAGCAAUGUCUGCGCGAUUUGGAAACGACAAUUUCAGAAGCUACUGGAGACGAGGACGAUGUUCAUCCGGACACCAAUGGAGGAGUAUGCCACACUCAACUGAGUAACGAUGACAUUGCUCGGUACAGCCGGCAACUGAUUCUCCCAGAUUUCGGUGUCCAAGGCCAGUUGAGGCUAAAGAACAGUUCCGUUCUUAUCGUUGGCAUGGGAGGAUUGGGUUGUCCGGCAGCGCAGUACCUUGCUGCAGCUGGCUGCGGAAAGCUGGGUCUAAUCGACUACGACGAGGUGGAGCGGAGCAAUUUCCACAGACAAAUUCUACACUCGGAGGCACGUUGCGGCAUGUCUAAGGCCGAAUCCGCAAGGAUAGCACUUUUGGAACUGAAUCAGCACUGUGAGAUUCGUUGCCACACGAGGCUACUGAACAGCCGGAAUGCCAUGCACAUCAUUCGCACCUACGAUGUUGUUUUGGAUUGCAGCGACAACGUGGCCACGCGGUAUCUGCUGAACGACGCCUGUGUGAUGCUGAGGAAGCCUCUGGUGUCCGGAAGUGCCUUGAAGACAGAUGGACAGUUGACCGUGUAUUGUUAUGGAAAUGGACCCUGUUACAGAUGCAUCUACCCAGUGCCACCUCCUCCAGAGGCAGUGACCAACUGCGGUGACGGGGGAGUCCUGGGUGCUGUCACUGGAACCAUCGGAGCCAUGCAAGCCUUGGAGGCCAUUAAAGUGAUUGUCGGUCUGGGCGACGUACUGGCUGGUCGGCUCCUCAUCUUCGAUGGCAGCAGUUGUCUAUUCCGUAACAUCCGGAUUCGGUCGAAGCGGCCCAACUGUCACGUCUGUUCUGCCCAACCACUAAUCACGGAACUCAUCGACUAUGAACUGUUCUGCGGGAUGCACGCCACCGACAAGGAUAAUCCACUGCAAUUGCUAGCGUCGGAAGAGCGCCUGGAUGUGGAGGAGUAUCGGAACAAAGUACAGCAGCAGCCUCAUUUGUUGAUCGAUGUGCGGCAGCCGGCAGAGUUUGAGAUCUGCCAGUUGCCGGAUGCUGUGAAUGUGCCACUAGCCGAAGUCCUCGAUGACAGCUAUCUGAAACGCUUCUCCAAGCAACUGGAGGACACACAGUUGCCCAUAAUAUUGCUCUGCCGGCGAGGCAAUGACUCCCAGAUUGCCGUUCAGCAUGUUCGCAAUCGAUUCCCAAAGCAUUCCAUUCGAGAUAUAAUUGGUGGAUUGCACGCUUGGACGCACAAGGUGGAUCCCAGUUUUCCCAUAUACUAGCCCAAGGAAUAAUAUACAGUCGAAUAUGCAUCCUUGUAGAUAUAUUCCUUGAUCCUGACUCAAUUGUACAACGUUCCCCCAUGAUUUGUCUAUUCUUUUCGUUUUUUUUUCGUACAUUGUUAUACUUGUAUCGUAAAUAAUAAAGGAAA